AUGGGCAAGCGUGUUCCCCGCCGCCAGGUUGUCGACGAUGGCAUCCCCAUCGACCCGGCCCUGAUCGACCCGGCACUGUACGCCCCUACCCCCUUCAACUCGUCUCCCUCAGCCCCAAGCCACACUCCUCCGCACGGGAGUGUGGUGAACCUGACCCCAUUGGUCCCCACGGCUAGCCAGGCUGAAAACCGCGAUCAGGUAACACUCCAACAAGCACUCACCCAGGCUGCUGUGUCUCAGGCACAGGAAGCAAUCAAGAAUGCAGAAGCUAAUUCCUACCAGCUACAGCGACAGAUUGCAACCCAACAAGCCCAGCUCAAUGAAGCCGAGUCUAUGAUUGACCUCCAAGAGAAGUCCAUCGAAGAGUCCACCGGCAACGCCAAGCGCCUCCGCACCAACGUUGCUCAACAAUCCGCAACCACCGAGGCUCGCGAACAACACAUCUCCUUGCUGGAGAUUCGCCUCGCCGAAGUCAAUUCUGAGAACGCCAGAAUAAGUGUUCUUGCUCAGAAGCGGAGCGAGUCCUAUCACCAGCAAAUGAUUGAUAUGGAGUCCCGUAUCUUGGACUUGGAGAGAGACCUGGAAGAUGCCAAUACCGAUCUCCUAGAGCAUAAGAAACUGGUCAAGCUGGAGAAGGAAGACUGGUCCAAUUUGCAUGGCGCAAUGCAGGCAACCGAAAGCCGCAAAGCCGCGUGUUUUGGCCGUAUGGCAGAGGCACUCUCACAUCUGAACGAAAUGAUGUCCGUCGUGUCUGACAAGAUAAACGGGUUUGAGCGUACCAUGACCAACCCCUACCCACGAUGCCAAGAUUCGACCGACAAUCUCCCUGAACAUCACGAUCGUGCUCAUGUGUCGCCCCGGUUCAGUAUUCAAGAUCUGAACUUUCCCGCCACACUGCCUACAGUGACGAAGAGAAAACUCAGCAACACGCUCUCCGCAGCUCCUUUUACAAUCACCAACACCCCAUCCGCGGUCCAGCCUGCAAUCACGAAUAACGAAGUCACCGACACCCUAGCCACCAACAUUCAGCCACAGACACCUGAACCUCCAAUCCCGUUCUGCGACUCGGAAUUUGAUAGUCUUGACCUUCAAUUCUUUGCAGCAGAGGAAGGCUUUCAGAGAGUCGAUUGGUGUGAAGCCCAUAACGUCCCAUACAAUGAGGACUACGAGCUAGGAGUGCCUUUACAGGAGUCCCCCAUGCCCGACGCCCCAGAGAAUGCCAAGCCAACGUCAAGCAACUUCAUGACUAGCGAAAUGGCUCAGCCCAUGUUCCAGACCGCGACUCAUGACGCCAACACGGAGAUCAUCAACGCUCCAUUUGACAUGGCCCCAGGCUCAGGCUACGGUGUGGGGAUGCUUUCUGAAGAGACACUUGCCGGUAUCACUGGAGCCCUCCAACAUGAGGAACAGCGACAAACCAACUUCAUCAUUCCUGAUUUCGGUGCUGCGCCGUUAGCCGAAGCACCCACCACCACAGAAUUCCACCAACAGAGUGAAGUUCCCAUUAUCGAUGUCACAAUGACCGAUGCUCCUGCAAUUGACCUCCUUCCCCCAAGUCCUAAUGUAGGAUGGAAUGGAGUGUUGGACCCUGCGGCAAGCGCUCUGAGCGCCCCGGAGAGGAAGCGGACUCGUCAAGUGUACGGAUUUUGGGAACCCGACGAUCGCUCAGCAAAGUCAUGGGAUGGGAAUCUAUACGUGAAGCGGACCAAACUGACCCUCCUCAUAAGUCGCCCUCGUUACCUCAAUGCGAGAAAGCGCUGGGUGAAGGCAGUGAAGCCCCGCAUCCGUGCCCCAAUCCCGACAACGCCAUCGUGGACGAUGCCAGUCGUGAGUUUGUCUGCUAUUUUUGCACCACCUCCGACUCAGAUUGACUCCACAAUGGCUGCGUCAACUGAUCCAAUUGUGGCGCCAGCUCCCAUUGUUGAGCAGGCCCCGAUUGCGUCAGUUUUGGCUCAGCAAGCGAAGACCAAGGAAGCUGAGAGUGAGCGGCCUCGCGGCCCGCGUCCUCGAAUCAACCACGGUCCCGGCCCGCGCACCUACCCGGUGUAUAAGGCUUACUCUGUACCCUCUGUACGUGACCCUGGCGCUCUGGAAGUCCCUGUUGCCGCGCGAUAUGGGUUGUCCCAGCAAAAUGCUAAGGACUUCUCGAAGAUUCGUCCGGCUCAGGCUCAGUCAGUUCGUCCGGCUCAGGUCCGGUCAGUCAAUCCGAUUCCCAGUGUCAGAACCAGUGCGGUGGUUCCAGGACGCUUUGGGUCCGGAUUGAGGGAUGUCCAUGAUAACCCUCGGAUGGUCAAGAUGCGCACUCGAGUCGAGCAGCUGCGAUCGGAAAGUGUGAACGGUCCACAGGCGGUUGAUUCCGGGCUUCACCACCCAGUUUCGACCCCACCCGUUUCUGUUCCGAUCGUCGCCGCAGUCGAGUCGCCCGAGAUCACUUCCCCCGGGGUUAUCAGGCAAUCGAUGUCUCUGCUCUUCAAAUUCCUGUUGAUGGCCUAUUACCUGAUGGUUAAGGUCAGCGGGUAUGCGAUGGCGAGCGUCAUCAUCCUAAUGGCUGUGCUGAUCCCUUUGUUCCCGAUCUUCGUGAGAUUCAUCCUCACUGUCUUGCAGGCCGUUUGGCAGGAGACCCGUAUCAAGGCCCCAGGCCUGGUGUUCUCCUUGGCCCCUGUCGUUCCCCUGGUUUCCAGAGCAAUGCUCGUAUUCCUUGGGUCGAUCAGGCGCCACUGCCCCAGCCGUCUGCUUCUCGUCCUUGCCCUCCUGGUUGCCAUUGAGUACACUGCGUACUCUAUCCAGUGGAAGGGCUACGAGAGGCAGUACAUCUGUCAUCUUGACCACUUGCGCUACAGUCGUUUUCGCGAAUGGCCGUGGCUGGAAAAGAUUGACUACUGGGUGACGAGGUGGCUCGAGGAUGACCGUGGUACACUCGGGUAA